GGCGGCUGCGGGUGGCGGCAGUGGCGGCUGCGCUGCGCGGCGCGGACGGCGGACGCACCUCUGGGGCCGGGCCGGGCCUUGAGGAACCGGGACGAGGCAGGGCCGGGCCGGCGGCGGCCGGGGGACCACGACGAUGACUCUGGAGUCCAUGAUGGCGUGUUGCCUGAGCGACGAGGUGAAGGAGUCGAAGCGCAUCAACGCGGAGAUCGAGAAGCAACUGCGGCGGGACAAGCGCGAUGCCCGGCGCGAGCUCAAGCUGCUGCUGCUCGGCACUGGGGAGAGCGGGAAGAGCACCUUCAUCAAGCAGAUGCGCAUCAUCCACGGCGCCGGCUACUCGGAGGAGGACAAGCGUGGCUUCACCAAGCUGGUGUACCAGAACAUCUUCACCGCCAUGCAGGCCAUGGUGCGCGCCAUGGAGACGCUCAAGAUCCUCUACAAGUAUGAGCAGAACAAGGCCAAUGCACUCCUGAUCCGGGAGGUGGAUGUAGAGAAAGUUACCACCUUCGAGCACCAGUACGUGAACGCCAUCAAGACGCUGUGGAGUGACCCUGGGGUCCAGGAGUGUUACGAUCGCAGGCGGGAGUUCCAGCUGUCUGACUCGGCUAAGUACUACUUGACGGACGUGGACCGCAUCGCCACCGUGGGCUACUUGCCCACCCAACAGGAUGUGCUACGGGUGCGCGUGCCCACCACGGGCAUCAUCGAGUACCCGUUCGACCUGGAGAACAUCAUCUUCAGGAUGGUGGACGUGGGCGGGCAGAGGUCAGAACGCAGGAAGUGGAUCCAUUGCUUCGAGAACGUGACGUCCAUCAUGUUCUUAGUGGCCCUGAGCGAGUAUGACCAGGUCCUGGUGGAGUCAGACAACGAGAACCGCAUGGAGGAGAGCAAGGCGCUGUUCCGUACCAUCAUCACUUACCCCUGGUUCCAGAACUCGUCCGUCAUCCUCUUCCUCAACAAGAAGGACCUUCUAGAAGACAAGAUCCUACACUCACACCUGGUCGACUACUUCCCCGAGUUCGACGGGCCGCAGCGGGACGCACAGGCCGCACGUGAGUUCAUCUUGAAGAUGUUUGUGGACCUGAACCCCGACAGCGACAAGAUCAUCUACUCACACUUCACCUGCGCCACCGACACUGAGAACAUCCGCUUCGUGUUUGCCGCCGUGAAGGACACCAUCCUGCAGCUGAACCUGAAGGAGUACAACCUGGUGUGACCAGGGUGUGGCCACCACCAGGGCCAGCUCCCUCCGCAUCCCAUGACCCAAACCACGGGCCAGGGCGCACUGGGGCUGGGGUCUCUUUUCCCUCUUCACUUCCUGUCCCUGUCACCGAUCCUCCAGGGCAGGGGUAGCCUCUUUCUGGCCUUGACUCCUUGUGGCUUGAGUUUUUUUUUCCUAGGGAAAGAGAGAGAGAGAUUAGAGAGAGAGAAACACAUGAUGAGCAGUAGUGGGCCCUCCCAAAGAGUCCCCUACGGCCACAAGGUGAUCAAGGUCAGGGACACUGCAGCCCAAGCCCAUGGUCCUGAGUUCAAGUCCUCCAGGAAGGCUGGAGGUUUGGGGACCACAGAGUCUCCCUUUUCUAAGUUAUUGAUAUCCCAUGCAUACUCACAACCUGCACCAUCUGCUCCCCAGACUCCAAGAAGUGGGGGUGGGCGGCCCCCGUGCCCACCCUGGGAAGUGCCUAACCGUUUUUUUGUUUUGUUUUUAUUUUUGAAGAAAAGAGAAAUACUCUCCUGCACUCUGUCUUGGCAGGGCAGGUGACACACUGCAGGUCCCCUGCUCUGAGUGGCCGUCACUUCUGUGUGCCCCCCUGCCUCAGACAGGGCCAGGCCUGCCGCAGAGCCUUCAGGGACAUUGAGUCCCUGAGAUCUGCUCCCCAAAGGCCUGGCCAGCAAAGAUCCUGGGGACCCUAAGGGGCUGUGUGUAGCUGGGCAGUGGAGGCACUGGGCAGCUGGAGGCACCUCCUGUGUGGCUCCGUGACAGCGGGAUGCACAGGGGCCUCUUCCAAAUAUUCUCAGGUCCGUCCCCAUACAUGGGCAGUGGCCUCGCCCCACGCCUUGGUCCCCGGCCCCAGUCACUGCACCAUGCCCGGUGCUUCCCAAGCCCAAGGGCCAGCAUCCAGGAGGUGGUGGCCAUGACCAGAGAGGACACAGGCGGCCCCCUGUUGCUCAUAUACACUACAAUGUCUAUCUGUCCGAUUUCUUCACUUUUGCACGUGCAUUCUGGGCUUGAAUAUCUGGCCAUGCCUUUGUCCUGCCUGCCAUGCUGGACUCCAGGCCCCAGAGUGUCCACGAGACACACGCCAAUCUGGGCAGUUGUCCACAAUUGCUGUUCCAGGCAGAAGGGAACAAGGGACCAGUGGACACGACAGAGCCCCAGGAUAUGGACAGGUGGCUGUGACAAGCACCCACAUUCCUGGCCUCCAGCCCAUGGAUUCCCUACCUUCUCAUGCUGGGCUCCUCUCCUGUCUCCAGCUGAGGGUCCAGUCUUGUGCCAUCCCAACCACACAGGACUGUGUGGAUGGCAGGGUCGUCCUGGCCACACAGCCCUUGGGAGGGCCCGGUCCCCAAAGAGUAGGGCGUCUGCUGCACAGCGGAAGAGGACUUGGGACUGUACAGGUGUGUGAGGGCUGGGCCUCCCCAAGCAGCUAAGUGUUAGCCCUUCUCAGUGUGCCAAGUAUGCCAGGGCCUUGGGGCUGUGCUACACAGGUCAGGAUGGGGACCCAGUCUCCCCACAUCCAACCUGGCCCUCGCCAAGGGACCCCGACUGCAGGGGACAUGCUGAUUUCUCUGUGUCUGCCCUGACGCGCUGGGAGUAGCUGCUGCGCCCUUGUAUAUUACUGCACAGCCCCGAUUAGGAGAGCACUCAGAACACUGUUUACCCUCGUCCUUUGCGAAGCAUGUUCCUCGUGAGUUAGGGGAGACUCAGGCACCCAGCUCGGCACCAGGCUCCUGCAGGCCCUUGGCCACCAGGGCUGGAUGCCAGGGUGCCAGCAGCGGAUCGGGGCCUUGACCCCACAACCCAGAAGGUCUCGCGAAGUCACCUUUUCAUAUCUUUCUCUUGGAUUCUGUUUUAAAGCGGAAUAAAUUUUGUUCCUAAA